AGCUGUUUUGUACGUUCUACAUUCUGAUCCGAGGAUCAGCUGGAGGAAGCAAUAACAGUGGGAAAAUCUGCAGGGGAAAAAAUCGAACAAGAGGGAAAAAACUGCAGAUGUUAUACUCUAAACAUCAAGUGUAAAUUCAAGUUUUACACGAAGCCCCUUCUUCUAAGAAGAAAGCCUUUUUUUUUUAUUUUGUAUUAUGGUGUUUUAACUACCUCACUUAAAAGGCAACCUAAAGCUAUGCUUUAAGAAUUAUUGUCGUUUCUACUUUGUGUGAGAUCAUCACGUUUACAAUUUGAAAUAUAUUGCUAAUACAGAAUGAAUUACACCAGUCACCAGUGCUGUCACAAUGGAAUCUUUAUAACCACAAGUAAUAAUUUAACAGGCCUUUGCAGCAUACCAAGUAAAACCUUACAUUUGCACUAAGGAAGCCUGUCGAGUCCUGUAAGAAAAUCAACCUAUGAGAUCAAGACAAGAAAAGGGUUGAAGCAAAGAGAGGCCAAGAAAACCGUGCUCACUUUCCUGACCUGGCAACUGUUUGACAAAGCGAAAAGCGAAAUAACUAACUAAAUAAGACUACAAAAAUACUUAAUAAGUAGCAAAAACACACAAAGGCAGCUAGCUAUACCUUGAGAACUACAACUAUACACAGAACCUGACUUCCGCGAUCCCUGACCCUUGACUUUUACCCAUUGACGUGUACCUGACCAACCGGCCUAGCCAUGUUCCAAGCUCUGAGCAGCCUGUUCUUCGGAGAGGUGGAGGAGGUGGCCGCAGAGAUCAAGGGGCCCAACCCCUGUGUGACCGACGCUGACGAGGAAGGAUGGAUGCUGGUCAACCUGCCCGGGGAAGCUGAUUGUGCGAUGCUAGUAGAGGGAGGGAUAAAGGCGCCAUCGAUAGCACAGGCACAAGCACAAAACAACCAAUCAAAUCACCCAGACACACCCACCAGAACUGAGUGCCCCGUCCCCUCUCCAACCCCUCCCCCCCAACAUCAGAAUCGCCGCAGAACACACAAAGCUUGUUCACGAGCAGCGACAGUGGCACCAUCAGACCCCCUCUCUACUCUCCCUUCUGCUAGCCCGUUAGCCACGGGCAUCGUUACGCCCAUAUCCCUAAAAAGGCGGGCCAGGCUCUCCACCCCAUCUGUGUCCCCUGGCAGUAGUGGGUCGGAGAGAGGCUGCAUGGACGAGAGCUGGUUCGUUACCCCUCCCCCCUGUUUCACUGCAGAGGGAGCCACGGCCGAGACCAGCCCCAUGGAGGAUCUGCUUAUAGAACACCCCAGCAUGUCCGUCUACGUCUCCCCUAGCAACCUGUCCAUGAUCUCCAAUGGCAACCUGUCCAUCGUCGGGGAGGAGAGCAUCACCAGCCUGACAGGCAGCAUGAGCAGGGUGGCAGAACCAGCCGCUACCUCUGCCGUCCAUAAUACCAUGCCCACCAGGGUGACCCGAGGAGCCGCUGCCCAGGCAGGUACCCUGGCCAAGGUGACCCAGGUGGCCAGGGUUCAGAGGGGCAAGGCCCGCACUGAGAGGCGCCACCUUGGACGCAACCGCAUCCAGCGCCAGAACCGCACUAGGGAGCAGGUUCCCCGCCACGCAGCCCACGCUAGAAACACCUACCUGCACCAGCCCUGCCAGCGUAACAUCUGCCACUGAGCUUCCACAAACACAGGGGGAGCCAUUUACUCUGAGGGCAUUAGUGGUUAUACUCCCCCUGACAUACAUACAGGUAGAUUUAUAUGGACACACACACAUAUAUACUCAUGUAGACAAAUAUGUAAAUACACAUGCACACAACGUACACGCAUCAUUUACACAUGCACACACAGCACAUAGACACUCUCUCUCUCUCUUUCACAAAAUCACUCUCUCUCACACACACACACACACACACACACACACACACACACACACACACACACACACACACACACACUAAUUGAUUUACGUAGGCUACUGUGCCAUGUUAGGCCCUAAACCCCAACCAAGCCCUCUAAUAACUUAAGUCUAUUGUUGUUAGCUGUCACAUAUAAUACUUUUUGAAAAACUUGCAAAAAAAUAUUACUUAGCAACUAAUAUGUGUGUAAAACUAUAAAAAGUUCCAUCUACUCUCUCCAUUUCAGUUGAAACACUCCUCUCCUCUGUCUCUUUAGUGGAAGUCCACCUAUUUACUGUCAUGGAACACAUGGCCCUCUCCCCUUUGCAGCCGUCCUAGUGCUUUUAAUCAGGUUGGGGGACAGACAGGCUAAGGAGGAGAAAUUAGAGAUGCUCACUCUCUUUCUGCGGGAACAAGCUUUUAUAGGGAAUCUUUAUUAGAUAGUACACCCGUGGACACGUAAUCAUUUUAGCCGUUGAGUAUCUACGUAGCUAUACUUGUUAUGUAUGAAGACAGGGAAAGGCUGCCCACAGGAAAAACAUCUCAUCUUGUCCUUUAUUUGCAGUGUUUGAGUUACGAAAAAAAAAUUUUAUAAAAAAAUCUGUUCUCAAAAAGGAAGGGUAUACAGUGUACAUUACAGUGAGAGAGGAGAAAAACCAGAAGAGGUGUUUUUCCUCUUGUCCCAAUGUGAGGGAUGGAAGCAGGUAGAGGAAGGUGAAAGAGAGGAAGACGAAAACAAGAAAAAAAGAAGACUAGAAAUGACAAAUUGGAGAGUUCAGAUAGGAUGACAGAGGAACCAGAGUAGAUAUAGUUAACUGUGUAGUGUAGCUUUCUGGGCAACCAAUAGUUAGUUUUUAGAAUGCUUAACUGGCUACUUUUACAUAUUUGGCUUGCCAUCUGUGACUAAGACAAGUUUGCCAAUGCAGAAACAAACAGGCACUCUGUUAUCUCAAGUCAGGCAGCCUUGCAAAGCAGGAAGCUGAUUCCCUAAUUUCUUAAACGUCUUUGUUCAACAACUACAACACGAUGAUGAAAGUCAUUCAGAGCUGUUUGGUCAUAAGGAGUCUAGUAUAGGUAGCUGUGCAUAGUUAACUGUGUAUGUUGAGACGUACCAUAAUGAUAUAUGUAGGGAAGCUAGCCAAGGGUUGCCUGUAGGUUACAAGGUAUGACAGGCUAAAGUAGGUGCAAGGCGGUAUAGAUGGCAACUCUUUAUUUUGGUUUGUUUGUUUGUCUGCUACUGUUAUUAAAGUUAUGGAGAAUUUAGGCCUAACCAAUGCUCUCUGAAUGAUGUCUGUGACAGGAAAAGCCUGUUCCCUGCAGCCCCAUAAUGAGAGCACACCGUUUCAUCCAAAUAGCUGACAACCUAAAAACUUGGCCUAGUUUGACAGAAUGACUGUGAAGGAUUCACACUUUGAGGAGAAUAGUAUAAAGGAAAAAAAAGAGAGAAAAAAAUCGAUAUACAUUUGCUCACCACACACGUUGGGUUCCAACUGAUGUUGGUGUGCUGUGAUGCUUCUGCAUUAAGACACCUCCCCCCUAACUAAAUAUUAACCAAGUGACAACCUUACCCAUGAAAAGACAAACAGGGAAAUAGAUAACAUAGACCAAUCCCUUUUCACUUCACGUCAUUCAGUGACAACAGGGUAAUCAUGGUAGGAGACUCGCGGUGAACACACAAACACACACACACACACACACACACACACACACACACACACACACACACACACACGAUGUCCACCGGGCUGAUACUGCUCAGUGUUUCUAGUAAAGACUAGCUCAAGGACAGAGAAUGAGUUAUGAGUGACCCUUUACCUUCUACACCCACUCCCUGGCCUCCUAAUAGCACAUCCAGCCGUAACAGUGUCCCCCACCUUAAGAUCUAGCUUACUGAGAUGUAUUCAACUACAAUAGUAAACUAUGGUGCUGAAGUGUAUAUGACUAUAUACUAAAGUUUGUAAAUUAUUUGAGACAUGGAUGUAAGUUUGCACUGUCAUACAUUUUUGUGAGUCAAAGUUGUAGCUGUGUGCUGUCUUUUAUUCUCCUUUGGGAUGUUUACUAUUUUCUUUUUGUUUUGUAUUGAACCAUCAAAGGUCUGUGAGAGUGUGAGAGGAUGUGUGUUAAAAAAAAAUACUUCAAAAGACAAAUAAUGAUCAAUUAUUUUUCUUGUACAUAUUACAAUACAGGUUGUAAUGCUCCUUGCCGUUAGUUGUCAAAGCGACUCAGGAUUAGAGUCCAUAAAGUAGCUACCAUCUUGACUGAGGACAAGACUGUCCCUGCCUCUUUCCUGAAUAGGACAGUAAGGAUGCAUCUCAAUAAUCGAAAGUGGCAUCCUAUCCACUUAUCCUUUCCGUAAUCUACACUGAGAUGUGACCAAUUGAGAUGUACCCUAUUGGAGCUUUUGGGAUAGAUGUGUUAACGUUCCAAUUAGACACUGCCCUCUAGGGGGAUAAAGUGUAAUAACUUGUAACGACACGGGAUCAUUUCAUGCUGGCAUCAUCAUAACACAACACAUAUUUCAAAGUAUAAAGAUGUAUUUGUGGGAGCAGUGGAACAUGAAUUGUUCUCUAGAUACAGUGAGGUGAGAAAGUGUUCUUAUUGUUUAGAAUGUUCUGAACUAGAAACAUGUAUUUGUCCCUUCAAUCACAAACCACCAUGGUCCACUCACCGUAUCGCCAACUAUCUUGUAAAUGACUAUAUUUUAUUUGAAUGAUCUACUAAUAUGAUAUAAUUAUUAAUAUUAUGUAUAUUUAUUUUUCUGUUGCUGUUUUAAAUGAUGACUGUAUGUAACUGUUUGAUCCUAUGAAUGACGCAGUGUGUGGAUCGCAGUAGCGACUCACUCAUACACACACAUACACACACAGAUACACACAUAUCUGGUCAUGCUUCCUUAACCCCUAGAGUUUUCUGAACCUUACACUACAGUAUCUCUGUGGUCACACUUCUUACUCACAUGAUGAAGACAUUUUACAAAGAGAGAGGGGAGGGGGCCUAUAUAUGAGAGGCCAUAGGUGUGUGUGUGUGUGUGUGUGUGUGUGGAACUCACCACCUCUAACAAGGCCUUGUUGGUCCUUACUGCGACACUGUGUCUCUCUUUUUCUUGUCCUUUUCCUUCUUUCCAUCACCCUCUCACCUUUACAUCCAUGUUAUCUCCAAGUGGUUGUUUUACUGAGUAUGUAGUGUGGGACUAAUGAAAGGUGUGAGUUUAGGGUGGCAACCCGCCAAUCACAGAGAGAGGGCGGGGGCCACCAGGUGCACGUGUGUCUAGUGUGACGUGAGAGUUGUGGGGGAGGGAGGAAGAAAGAGGGGAUGUGACAGAGGAUGGAGUAAGCAGAUAGAUUGAAAAAAAAAAAUCUGAAAUGAAAUGUAUCAACAAAAAAAAGAUGUGCUUGUAUUUUUUUCCCGUUUAGUUAUUAGAACAGUUGUUCACCUAGUAUGUUCAUGUUUUAAAAGAAAGGGGGUUGAUUGUGUGUGGAUAAUUUUUGUUCUGCUUUGCGCCCUAAAAUGAUGGCAGCUUAAAGAUACUUUGGGGUUCUCCCACGUACCAUCUCAAUGAGUACACCCCUCCCCCGUCAAAACAACUAUUUAUAGACAUAUAAAAAAGAUUGGUGUAUCUGAUAUCUAUGGUGAUCGUGCCUUUCACUAUUUCUGCAUGGUUUUUGUGAUGUACUGAAUUGUUCCAUCCCUGAGUGGACAGUCAAGUCCAUAGACAGUCAAGUCCAUAGACAGUCAAGACCAUAGACAGUCAAGUCCAUAGACAGUCAAGUCCAUAGACAGUGAAGACCUAUGCAACCACCAACGGAUGGGUUAAUACAACAUCCAUUCAGAAAAACGCAGGUACCACACAACAACAACAACAACAACAACAACAACAACAAUAAACACUCAGGUUGACAACCUGAA